AUGUCUCUCUUCGGUGCCCCCCCAAAGGCCAAGUCUCUCCUCGACUGGCACCGUGUACUGUCCCCCAACGCGGGUGUCCGCGUCUCGCCGCUAUGUCUAGGAGCUAUGAACUUUGGAAAUGCAUGGGAGCAAGGAAUGGGAAAAUGCGACAAGAACACUACAUUUGAGAUUCUGGACUUCUUCCACGACCAAGGCGGAAACUUCAUUGACACAGCAAACAACUACCAAAACGAAGAAUCCGAAACCUGGAUCGGCGAAUGGAUGCAAGCCCGCAACGUGCGUCACGAAAUCGUGCUCGCCACAAAAUACACCACCACCUUCCCGGACCCCACAAAAUCUACUCCUCGCCAGCGCAUAAACUUCGCUGGUAACAGCACAAAGUCGUUGCACGUCAGUCUGGAGGCGAGUUUGAAGAAGCUGCAGACAGACUACAUAGAUCUGUUGUAUGUGCACUGGUGGGACUUCACGACGAGCAUCCCGGAGUUGAUGCAGAGUUUGAACCAUGUCGUACAGCAAGGCAAGGUGCUGUAUCUGGGAGUGAGCGAUACGCCGGCUUGGGUUGUCAGUAAAGCGAAUCAAUACGCCCGCGAUCACGGACUCCGGCCUUUCUCCGUCUACCAAGGCCGCUGGUCUGCUGCCGAACGCGACUUCGAGCGCGAAAUCAUCCCCAUGGCGCGCGAAGAGGGCAUGGCCCUGUGCCCCUGGGGUGCUCUCGGCGGCGGCAACUUCACCGUCCAAGACAAAGAAAAGGCCGGCGAAUCAGGCCGCAACUUUCGACCUCAGACUGAAGCCCAGAAACGCGUUUCCGAGAAGCUUGCGACAGUUGCGAAGUCAAAGAACACGCUGAUUACGAGCGUCGCGUUGGCGUAUGUCAUGCAUAAGGCGCCGUAUGUGGUGCCGAUUGUGGGUGGACGGAAGGUAGAUCAUUUGAAGGGCAAUAUUGAGGCGUUGGGAUUGCAGUUGAGCGAGGAAGAGAUUGAUGAUAUUGAUUCGGCGAUUGACUUUGAUAUUGGAUUCCCGAUGAGCUUCUUGUUCGAAAUGGGUGGAGGCAAGUACAAUUCUAGGAUGACCUCGAGCGACGUUGGGCUGUUGAAGUUUGCUGGACCGUUGGACAGCCAUCCGCAUCAACAACCGAUAAAGCCGCAUGGGCUAUAA